CCGCGUUGAUGGGUGGGGGAGACUCUGCCAGGCGCCGGGGCAGGAAGGGAGGAGGUCGUCGUGCCAUUCUUAAAGGGGCCCCAGGGAAGGCGAGAGGCUGCUGACGGCCGGAAGGAAAAUGAAUGUCAGGAUUGCACAAGCAGCUCUGAGUGUCAGAGCUGGAAGAGUGAGUCUUUGGUGGUUUGUGAUGUUGCUGAAGAUUUAGUGGAAAAGCUGAGAAAGUUUCGUUUUCGCAAAGAAACGAACAAUGCUGCCAUCAUAAUGAAGAUUGAUAAGGAUAAACGCCUGGUGGUACUGGAUGAAGAGCUUGAGGGCAUUUCACCGGAUGAACUUAAAGAUGAACUGCCUGAACGACAACCUCGCUUCAUUGUGUAUAGUUAUAAAUACCAACAUGAUGAUGGAAGAGUUUCAUAUCCUCUGUGCUUUAUUUUCUCCAGUCCUGUUGGAUGUAAGCCUGAACAACAGAUGAUGUAUGCUGGGAGUAAGAAUAAGUUAGUCCAAACAGCUGAACUAACCAAGGUAUUUGAAAUAAGAAACACCGAAGACCUAACUGAAGAAUGGUUACGUGAGAAACUUGGAUUUUUCCACUAAUGUGAACUUCUGUGUUUCUAAAGUAUUUAUGUAUUAACCUGACCAUACUGGAACCAGACAUAAAUACUUAUGCCUAAAAAUGCACUGUUACUUACAGUUUGUUUCCUGCAGUAAAGAAAAAUUCUUCGUUUGUUCAAAGUUUGAACAAAGGGGAAAUCAUCUUCAUAGUAAUGAAACUUUGUAAAGUGUUUCCUUAUAUUUGUAAUUGUUAGGUGGACUACUUCUCUCCAGGGACUUUUUGCACUCUUGUGACUAAUUUCUAUAACUUAUGGUUCAGAAUUUGUUACUAUUUACAGACACUAUUGGAAAGUGGGUAUUAGAUUGUGAUAGACAACAGUUGCCUCCUUUUGACAAAUACUGGAUAUUAGCAGUUUAUAUAUGAAAAUAGCGUAUUAUCACUUGUCAAAUCUUUGAAAUUAUUUUGGGGUAAAAGACUUGAAUGACCCAAUUUUGAGCCAUGAAAAGUAAUUUACUGUAGUAUAAUCUACAUUACAAGUACAUUUUUCAUCAGUUCAUGCCUUCUCUGGUUUCCUGUAUCUUUUUAAUCAAGUCCAGAAACUUUGUUCAUCAGCCGUUCAUUCUUAAGGUCUGGGAGUUAGAUGUUAUAAUAGUUAUGACUAUUAGGUUUUCUUCUUAAUAGAAAAUAGCAUCUUAGUCUUGGAAAUUGAUAGGUUGGAACUAAUCAAGGGCUUCAUUCUUGGUUGUGUCAUAGCUAGAUAGUUUUGGAUCUAGGUUGAUAACACUUUAAUUAUAAAGCACCUCUCAGUGUUGUCCUGUGAACACUAGUUACUUUAAGUGUGUUAAUACUGUGCCUUUGAUUUGUUAGCUUUAAAGUUAGUUUAAGACUUUUACACUGCCAGUAUUCCAGAUUUGGUGAAAUUAAUACUUUUGUAAAGGGUCCAAGUAAAACAAUUUUCUAAAUGUGUUUAUCUGAAAUUUGUAAUAAAAUCAACUUCAUAUUUUUAAAAUUCCAACUAUCUGCUUGCAUUGGUGAAUAUAUGGCAGUUGAGAGUUGUAACUUUGGGUAUAUUUAUGAUUAGUUUCGUGCCAUAGGAAAAAUUAUUUAUCUUAAAACCAUGGCCAGAGUUAAUAACAUUAACACAUCAAUAGAAAUUGCAUCUUCUAUCCUAAAUGUCAGAAGAUAUUCUAAACUGUACAUCAGUCUUGUUGGCAUCUUUGACAUGAAGCAAGGAUUCUAAUAUGUAGUGUACUUUAACAACAUGUAAGUAAGUGUUGAACUUAAUUUGACAGUGUUGAGACUCUAAAGACUAAUAAAAUUUGGUGAGCAGAUUCUUAUAUUAAGAAUGUCUUAGUCAUUUCAAAACUAGAAAGGCAUUUUUUUUAUGUUGGCGUAUUUUCCAUUCAUCCAUUCUUUACAUUUUCUUUUUGAGGUUUCUGUGCCAACUUUAAUAAAGAGGUGAAGAUAGUUGGAAUUUCCACAAUAUUGAAUCUUCUGUUGCCAGUGCUGUUUGGCUUCACUAAUCUAAAAAACAGGAAGCAAUAGGAAGUUAGUUGGAGAUGAGGAAGUGCUAGAGUGGGCAUUUGUUUUGGUUAUCGAAUGGGAAAGAUUCUCUAUUCCAAUUUCUGGAGAGAGCAAGAGAGAGAGAGAGAGAGAGAAAGAGAAAGAGAGAGAACUUUACCCAGGAAGUUUAUGAAUUCUUUAAACAGCUAUUUUGAUAUUGGAGAAUAAUGCUUCUAAUUCUGUAGAAAUGCAGAUAUAACCCAAGUGAAUGGAGAGUGUUUUUAAUGUUUUUAAAUGAAGGAAAUGAGAUUUCGUUUCACCUGGUUUGCAGCAAUAAGAGAAACUAGUGCUGCAAGAAUGUAUUUUUUAAUGAGGUUCCUUUUUUGUCUUGCCUGUUUUUGUUUUUUUUAAACUGAAAGUCCUCACUGACCUCCAUAAACAGAACUGAGUUCCCCUGUUCUCUAACAGGGGCAAAGAGCUAUGAUAAAUCAUGCUUUUUUGACCUUGUUUGAUUCCUUGUCUAUAACAUGUAUUUUACAAGACAGUAAAUAAGACUGGGGAAGCAGUAGAAUGUGUUUUUACUCCCUCUGUCCUCUAGGGAGACUUCUAAAUUGUAUGCUCCAGAGUGUUCUCAGACUUUUAUAUAAAUUUCCUUUCCAUCUAAUCAAGCUUUUGCAUUGUUCUUUUCAAGUAUAUUUCUAUUUGCUCUCUUUUUCUGCCUUCUCUCAAAAAGUAACUCCAGAUUUGACAAUUGCAGUUUUUACAUUCCAUAGCUUUCUGGUGCAGCUAUUCCCAUUCAUAUCUUAAUCUUUCCCUGUUGGCAUCAGCUUUUUUUCCUGGGAACCUCCUUCAUGGUCUUCUAAGUCAGCAUUAGUUUUGAAAUUGUUGGGCUUGCAUAAUAAGUUCUGCAUAGCAUCCAAUGUAACGAUAGAGCCAACUAGUAAUUCUAGCAUGUGUUUAGUAUGGUUUUAGUGGCAGCAUAACUGACAGAUGAAGAAAACUGUUCUCAGGUUACUAUGCUGAAAUUCCAAAAUGUCAUUUUGAGUAGUAUUCACUUCAUUCUGGUAUUGAAGCAAUCAUGUUAGGAGAAAGGUUGUUAGACUGUUUUUGUUUAAUUGACUUCUAAAAUAAAUGUUCAAAUUGUCUGUUUCUAAAAAGUUUACCAAAUGCCUAGUGCAGUUAAACAUACUCUUGUUUAAGAGGGUGUUGCUAAAUUUUUUAUUAUCAUUACUAAAUAAUCUUUGUAGCAAAAUGUCUGUCAGCACUUUUCUGUCCCCUUUUAUCUCCUAUUUUCAGGAGUCACAUGUAGCCAUAAACUGUAUCUUGGUCCAACACUUUAAAAAUUUCCAGUUAGAGGAGUUUAUUGCCAAAUUAAAUUUGGCUGUCUUUAUUCCCCACGUAUAUAGAUAGUAAGGAAGGUAUACUUAAAAAAAUGUUUGGACUCCUUUAAAACCUGAGCAAUGUCAUUAAUCCAUAAUGUGGACUAGUGAUGAAUAGAUAUUUUCAUAAGAGUUUAAAUGCUGAUAUUUGGUGGAAGUAGAGAGUAACUUGUAUUCUAUCAAUUCAAAUAUUCUUAGUACGGUUGCUUUCCCUGUUUGUUCAAUAGACUGAUAAUACUGGAAUCUACAGAAUUUGAGCCUUUACAACUUAUGUGAAGAAGUGUCUCAAACAUUUCUGGACAAAUCUCAUUUUGUAUUUCUGGAAGAAUGUAAAUCUUAUAGGCCACUUAACAUCAAUGGUCCCAAGUUGAAUAUUCUUGAGAAAUUUGUUUCUUGUUAUGCCAUUUGACAUUUCAAAUCUGUGACCAUGUUCCUGUUAAUAUUCAAAACAACUAUGUUAAGGUUGUGAUAGAAACUGUGUUUUCUUGCUUUUUGGAAUAUAGUUCAUACACGUAUAUUACUUGAAUAUUGUUUGAGAUCACUAACUUGCCAGGGCAGUUCGCACUGACCUAGAUGGUCCAAUAUAAUCUCAUUCAGGAGGCUUGAAACAUUAAUGGUUUAGUCUUGUGAACUUUAACAGUUCCCUGUCAUCAUUUAACAAAAUCAACAACUGGCACAACUUCUUAAGCUGUGAUUUCAGUCUCUGCUAGUUCAUAUUGCAUGUUUAUUUUGGACAGUCUUCUGUUAAGCAUGGUGCUUGUACUGGUUUAAAUAAAAUGUUAACAUGAAAA